AUGAGGCAGUAUACCGUACGGUGUGUCUUGCUACUCUCGGUGUGCGUUUUCUGCCCCAUACUCUUCUGUGAUGCACUAGUUACUCACCGAGUAUCAGACAACUUUGAGGAAGAUUUGACCCUCACCCCGCUUUCAGAUGGCAAGUUACUGGCCCACUUUGAAUUCACCACUGACUUUGAAGCACACGUUCAACCCGGCACACCAAUAUCGGAUUAUGGGCUGUUCCCGAAAGCGAUUGGCCAAGUGUUACAAGAAUACGACGUUCGAGAGAUGCACUUGACGUUUACACAAGGCCGUUGGAACUAUGGAGAAUGGGGCUACUGUCCAUCACAAUCGGCUGGUACCGGUGUGGAGUUGUGGGCGUGGAUGAAGAAUUCGGCCAAUGUGGAUGCCCAUUGGAAGUCAUUCACCAACGUGCUUUCCGGAUUGUUCUGUGCUUCUCUCAACUUUAUCGACGAAACUUUAACCACGGAACCUCGUUUGUCUUUCCAACCCGAAGCGAUCCACGACAAUCCAUUCUUGCCCAACACCACAAAUUCGCAACUCCGUUACGGAAGUUUGCCGCAUGAAAACUCGGGUAUUGCCGUCCUGUUGAAUGCACACAAAAUUUAUAAUUCCAACUUCCACUCAAUGGCUAUUCACGCCAAAUCUAGCUGCAUGGAUGAAACCUGCAGUCGCCGUCGAUUGGAGCUGAAACAGACGGUCACCUCGGUGAUGGAUCCUGUACGGGAAACAGAUCGUAGAGAUUGGUCUUUGCAAAGCAUUUUUGACCGGCAGCUGACAUCCGCGUGUCCUGUAGCACGCCAAAGUCGUGCCUUGGUCGCUCUCAAUGACGAGAUUCAUCAGACUGCACAACUGAGCCCAUCACCUCACGCCACUCUUCCUGCAGAUGAAGCCUCCGCUAUAUUUUCAAAGGACAAGAGACCACGGUCUUUGGCGGUGUACGAUUUGAAGAAAGUCACGGGACAUCUCGAUAUCAGUAUGUCCUGGAACGAAGCCAUGUUUCAAUACCCACGUGAAGCCAAAGAUCCCAUGAUCUCUGCUCAACGGUAUUUUACGGGUUACGGACAAGAAAGAGGUGGAUUACGUAUCACCAUUGAAAACCGUAACGAGCAUGAGAGUGUGCCAAUGAUCUAUUACGAUUCGAUUCCCUGGUUUUUAAAGUUUUACCUUCACACUUUGGAAGUGGAUGUGAUUGGUAAUACUACCGACAAGGACGACAUUAUUCAGGAAAUGUACUACCAACCAGCGAUCGAUCGUGGUCGACCAACCAUGCUGGAAUGCAGAUUAUUGAUUCCAGCUAAAUCCAUGGUGACGUUAUCCCUAGAUUUCGACAAAGUAUUUCUGAAGUAUACAGAACAUCGUCCCGAUGCCAAUCGCGGUUUUGAUGUGGGUUCGGCGGUCCUGACAAUGUGGAUGGAAAACAAUACCAAUUCUAGAUCACCAAGAACAAUGCGACUCUAUACCGAUACGCUUCUUGUCAGCUUACCCACGCCGGAUUUCAGCAUGCCAUACAACGUCAUCACUUUGACGUGUACAGUGAUUGCUUUAUUUUUUGGAUCCUUGUUCAACCUGCUCAUUCGGUCAUUUCAAGUGGUGGAACCAGAAGCCAAGACAAAGAAAGAUGACUAA